AGUAAACAAACCAACGCCCUCUAUCGUCACCUUACAAGCGAGACACGAUGUAGGAUUUGCUAACUUUAUAUCUCCAAAAUUUAUUGUCGUUAUAUCAAAAGAUACACCAGUACUUUUGUUGAACGAAUCAGAUUGUCUUGCCGGGGGGAACUGAUAUUGUGGGAAGUCCCAGGGGCAUUGCAUUCUAUAGCUGAUUCACUGAUGGAAAUGGGGAUACACUCCACUGGCAUCUGUUUUGAAAUUCAGCAUGUCUUGGAAACACACUGAGAAUAUUCAGCAGCAAUGCAGUGUAGUAAUCAAAGAGCUGUCGGUCAUCAAAAAAGGAGUUGAGUCUCGGAAGUGAAUCACAAGCCACAAAUUGGUCUUGGAUAUUGAUGGGAACCUUAGUUAAUAUUGAACUGGGUCUUGACGUGAACUGCAGUCAUAAUAUGGUACAGUGGCUCUCUGCUGCUGUGCACUGAGUCAGGCAGACAGGAAAAGGGGGAUUUUUUAUUGCAAGCAGGAGAGAGACUGGAAAUUUGAAAAAUAAUCCUAUCGUAUAUACUAAUUAGUAUCCAAAAGAGAAGACAGACUAUCAAUUUACACUGCUUCUGUCUGGAAGCUAACAUGGCACUUUCUACAGAAUCUCCAUUUACUAUGGCAACUUUGCCUGGAAACUCAUCUGGCAACCACUCUAUAAUGCCAGAUAUCAUGUUGGGAGGAUGUUUCCAGGAUGACUGCCAGAACUUCAAUGCCAUGGCCUGUAUCAGGAAUGGAAUCAUGGCAUUGUUUGUCAGCAUAACUGGUUUGCUGUGUGCCGCCAAAGUCAUUCGCUUGCAUUCGUACCGCCAUCCUGUCAUCCACCAGUUCAUUAUUUUUUACUGUGCCACAAUAGAAACUAUCAUAUGCACUGUGCACUGGAUCCUGGGCAGAUAUGCAGAGUUUGACUUUGCUAUGCAGUACCUCAAACUGGUGCAAUUUCUAGUGGUCUGUCAUUUCUACUGGACAGCAGCUACUCGAGUAUUGAGGAAGGAUUACCUCACCACAAGGGUCCUGUUUCCUGUGUUUGCAAUUGCGCUGAUAUAUUUCACAGUUGUCAUGGUGAUGGGGAUCAUCAACAUCAAAGACAGCUGGACAGAGUGCAUGGAACCCUACUGGCUUAUGCUGUCUUCAGCUGAAUUUAUCCUGGUCCAACUGUUCAUGUUGGCAGGCUUCUAUAUAACAAGAAGGCUUAAUGAAAUAAGCACUUUAGACUCUGUUAGGAGGACUCAAAAAAGAGAAAUAUGGAUAGUUAUAAUAUUUUUUGAAUUGUCAGCACUGUUUGGUCUUGUUUAUGAUGCCACAUUAAAAAUAGUUGGUGAUGAAGAGAAAGGGUGCAGUGGAAUAUUUUUGUACAUGCAAGAGCUGUAUUCUCCAAUAUUUGGAACAUUUAUGAUAGUGAAAUUUUUGGUCCCAAUCUGGGCCAUGUUGUGUGUAUUUCACCCUGUCCAGGCCACCCCAGUGGACCAGGAGGACCUUCUACCUGGUCUGAAUAGCUCAGAGGAUGGGCCCUAUACUUCAGUGUUUAGUCCUCCAAACGAGAGGCCAAAAUUUCGGCAGAUGUUUUCGCCUAGUGGAGACUCUCCUUCACCAAGGUAUGACACGUUUGGGCCACCGCCACCAAUUCAGCCAUCAGUACGGAGCCCUAUUCCUCGUGUAUCUUCUGUUCUGAAUCCCAUUCAGGAGGAAUCAUCAUCAGCAGGUCGUACGCUGUCACAGUCUUCAUAACCCAUGGGUAUAGUAGCCUCUGAGCUAGCUGUUAUAAGGGGUUCACAGAGAGUGACACAGGGGUGCAUACAUGCUGUAAUAUCUUUAAGAGAGACUUCAAAUGAGGCUUUACAUCAAUUACUCAUGUACGUUUGGCAAACUGAAAACAAAUUGAUAUAAAAUUUGUUGAGGAAUGUGCUAGAAGUUUUGGUCCCUCACUGAACACACUGAAGUAAGCUUGUGGUCAUCUUAGACUAGCAGUGACUGUGAUAUAUUGAGGUGUAAUGUUUUCAUUGAGCACCACAUGUAAGAAGAUGCAAGAAUAAGUGAUGCUCACCACAUGUUGGUUUCUGUCACUCACUUGAGCUAUAGAAUUUGACGUUGUAAGGAGGUAAAUACUCCAAGAUGGAUUUGGAUGUUAAGGGCCAUGUAGAAUUAUCAGACAGGGUUCUGGAAAGCAGAAUUGUUUUGCAUACCAAGUGCUAUAUACAUGUGAUUAGAAUCGUGUGAGGUACAUUAAUUUCUGUCAAUUAAAUGUAUCAUUAUAGGGUGUUUAUCUGCAAUUUAUUUGCGUAUAUAUUCAUUAUAUAUUUACUGGCAUAUAUAAUGAAUGAUAUGGCUGUCGUAAAAUUUGAUUGUGUUGUACUUACAAGUAAUAUUUAUGCCCAUGCAUUAUCCUUGUACAAUGCUUUAAUCUUCAUAAAAAUAUACUGAUACAUUCUAUUUUGUUAACAUCCAUGGUUUACUUGAUUCAUUUUACACUAAUAGAAUCAUUAUGUUAAAAAGAAUAGUUGAUAUCUAGUAUACAAUGGAUAGGCUUCAUCAAAAUAAUUUAGUUUUUAUUCUUUCCUAUGUGUUUUUAAUAUAGGUUCUACAGAGGUUGUCUGAAGAACAUUUAACAUGUAUGUAUUAACCCUCAUCAUUUAAAGAGGCAAUAUAUGGGGUUUUGUUUCUCUUGAAACAUUAGAACCCAUACAGCCCUGUUGUCUUUUAUGCAUGACAUGCUGCUUUGUGGUAAGACGACUCAUUUCCAUUAUUUUGGGAGAUCGCAGUUUCCUGCUUCAAGGAAUUUUCCAUUACUGGAAUCAUUCAGGCAUAAAUGGCUGAAUCGGUUAUCUUUUUUGUCGCACUUUUAUAAUUAAGUUUGAACUGGUGUAAUUUUAUAAUCUUAAGACAUUAUAGACACAUUUGCAUAGUGAUUUUAUAUUUAUGUUUUCUGUUGUAAAUUGGUCAGAAUAAUGUUAGUUACUGUAAGCAAAUUUUGCAUUUAGUUAUUAUAAUUUUAUCAUAUCUUUAAUCAUGAUAUUAUAUUUACAAAUCAUUUUGAUAUUAAAUGUUACCUGGCUGUUAGUAUAAUGAUUGUGCUUAAAGAUUUAAAGAAUUUAAAUGGAUUUAUCUGUAUUAGGUAUGGGUGUAGAGGUUGAAUAAGAACAACACUACAUUAUGUGAAGGACUUAACACUAAAAGAUAACUUUGAAUGAAGGUUUGAUCUUGUGUUGUGAUAUAUAUGCUGAUAACAUUAUGUUGUAAAAAAAUUCUCUUUGUCCCCAGGUCGCAAAUUUUCUCUGUCACAAACCAAUAUUAUUUGAUUCUCACAGAUGCAAUCUGACAUCAAAACCUAUCUAGGAGUAUUAAAACUCUUUGUGUGUGACAAAAGAAAACAGUGAUAUGAUAUCACAAAUACCAAAUUGAUGGAACUUAUUUCAACAAAAUAUUCUCUCUUUUUGCUUUUUUACAGGAUUGAUUUAUAGAAGUCGCCAAAUAACAGUAAACAAAUGUUUAGGAUUACAUAGCUACAUAUCAGUCAGUACUUUUAUGUAACAUGAUAAAAAUCUGUAGGAAGAUUUAGUUCUUUGAAUUAUCUGUAACUCUAACCUAGUAUUGGUAAGGUUCAGACAUUGUUUGUUAUAGAAAUCUGUGGACAUAAUAUAUACAAGUUUUUAGAUAAAUUUGAAGCAUUUCAUUUUGUCAGCAAAUAUUAUAU